GCCACCGCGGGGCCCGCCGGGAUGCCUCUACGGCGCGCGGCCAGCGGUGGGCGCUCUGCCUCCCGCCACCGCCUCUGUCGGGGCCACCCCCGUCGCCCGAGGACAGCCCACCGCUCGCUGGCCCGCCCUUUCUCCGGCGCCGAGCAGCCGUCGACACCGCCUUCCCAGCCUGUCUCGGCGUUCUUUGGCUGCGUCCCUGUCGCCGCCAUCUUGUGUGGGGAGAGUGGCGCAGCGCGGCGGGCAGCCAUGGAGACAGAUGAUGCAGGAAAUCGACUUCGGUUCCAGCUGGAGUUAGAGUUUGUUCAAUGUCUGGCAAAUCCUAAUUACCUCAAUUUUCUUGCACAAAGAGGCUACUUCAAAGACAAAGCUUUUGUAAAUUAUCUUAAAUACUUACUUUAUUGGAAAGAACCUGAAUACGCAAAAUACCUGAAGUAUCCUCAGUGUUUGCAUAUGUUAGAGCUGCUGCAAUAUGAACACUUCCGGAAAGAACUGGUAAACGCUCAGUGUGCUAAAUUUAUUGAUGAGCAACAGAUUCUUCACUGGCAGCACUAUUCACGGAAAAGAAUGCGCCUCCAGCAAGCACUUGCAGAACAGCAGCAACAAAACAACACCUCUGUAAAAUGAAAAAUGUUUGGAAGAGUAAUAUUAAUGUGUACUUCACGUCAGCUUAAGUAUUUACAAAAGAGGAAUGAUCCGAUCUGUGGGUUUGGCUCCGUCUGUGUACAUUUACUAUUUAUUUAUCAGGUGUUGUGUUUUUUUAUUUCAUUGUUUUUUUUAACGAUAAAAGACUGAUCAACACC